CACAUUAUCAUUAUGGGGUAUUAUGCGCAGAAUUUUGAGAAAAUACAUUAAUCCAUUUUGGAAUAAGGCUGUGACACAAAAAAUGUGGAAUAAGUGAAGCAUUGUGAAUACUUGCCGCACACACUGUAUUUACUUUUUCUUGUUUCAAACCUGUACAGCUUUCUUCACAAUAUCCUCUUUUGUGUUCAUCAGAAAUAAACUCGUAAACAACUUGAGGGUGAGUAAAUAGCGAGUCAAUGUUAAUUUUUGGGUGAACUAUGCCUUUAAUUCUUUAAUUUACACUCUGUUUAGCUGAGGUUUCAAUUUCCUGUAUUUCCCUUCAUAGAAAUGUUCAAAAUGUAAUGGAUGCUGUCUUCAUAAGUUUGUAUGAAUGUAAAUGUCAUUGGGUUUGUAGUGUGGCCAAAGCUGUUAUUACCUUCAGUACUGAGGCUUUUAUUCUGACGUUCAAGAAGGAUCACAAACACAUUAGCCUAAAACAUAACAGAAAUACUAGUUUUCGAGAUCACAAUCUCUUCAUUUUCAAGAUGUUUACACUAAAGGAGCUUUGUUCAUUGCUUGGGACUAGAAAAUCAUAGUCCUAAAACUAUGAAGGCCUUUGUGCCAAGUGAUGUACAGAUAUUUUAAAAAGAUGUCCUCUGCGUCGUAGCUUUUUGCACUGAAAUAUCACAUCUAGAACAUCAGUCACUUUCUCGCAGUAUAUUUUUGCUGGACAAAUUCAUGUGUUGUAAACAUGUUUGCUGGACCCUGGAUAAAGCCACUCUCAAAUGAGGUUUUAGGGGAACAGCAAAAUACUUGAUUUUCCCAAAAAUACAACAGUAAUACGAUGUGAAUAAAGAAACAGACUACUUCAGUUGCCUACAUUUAUGUGGAAAUAAAGGAGAUCAAAGUAAAGUGUGAUGUUAUUGUUAUUUCUUUAGGGUUCUUAUCAUUUUCUUGAUAACCAUUACAAUUAUAUUGUUUAUAACAAUAAUACGUAAGUAAAAAUGUAUAAAUAUCAGUAAUAUUUAAAUCAUAUAGUCUUAAAAAUGCAAUUUAGUAGUGAUGUGGUGCCUUUGAGGUGAUUCUCUCCGGAACUGAAGGAAGUCUGCUUGCGGAGGUGGGGGAAUGAAAUGCAGGGAGCGCUCGGCGGAAGUGGAGGCACGGUUGCAGGCUUUUAUGAGGGGCGAGCUCAGACACAGAAUUAAACUAUUGAGCAUUUGACAGUUUCCAACGAUUUACUCCCCCCUUCCCUACUUUAUGGCUUCCAGUUCCAGCAUGGACAUAGAGGGUGCGACCCAGCACCUUCGGGACAUCCUAAAACUGGAUCGUCCGGGAAAUUCGGCCGAAGCGUCUUUGGUCGAGAGCCAGAGAAAACCAUCUUUCAAUGGAGAGCUGAACGGAGUUCUCGGAUCCGAUCUCAUGGGAGCAGCAAUGGUGGAGCCGACGGUGCACAACUCAGACAAACUUAAUGGACAGGACACACAGACCAUCUGUCUUUCAGGAGAUGACGGGUCCAUUUGUGUCCCAAUCAGAGCGAAUAUUGUGGAAAUUGUGUCCAGCCGUGACUCUAGUAUUGACAGUAAGGCUCGUGGAAGCAACAAGGUUAAAAUUCAGCCAGUGGCCAAAUAUGACUGGGAGCACAAGUACUACUAUGGCAAUUUAAUAGCCGUGUCCAACACGUACUUGGCUUAUGCUAUCAGAGGUGCAAACAAUCAUUCAAUGAUUCGUGUGCUGCACCUGAGCUCUACAGAGCGCUCUCUGCUGAAGGGCUUCACCGGAGCUGUCACAGACCUUGCCUUUGCCCAUCUGGACUCCACCCUGUUGGGAUGUGUGGACGAAGCCGGAAACAUGUUCAUUUGGCAGCUUACAAGUCACAGCAGCAAAAUACAAGACGAAGUGAUUGUUCACAUCCGCAGACCUGAGGACACUCCACUAAACUCUAACCGCAGACUCAUCUGGUGUCCCUUCAUCCCGGAGGACAAUGACGAGAGCCCGGAGGAUGCAUGUCAGACAUUAGCAUUGCUUCAUGAAGACAGAGCUGAGGUUUGGGACCUCGACAUCCUCCGAUCAAAUAACAGCUCAUGGCCUGUGGACGCCACUGAAUUGAAAGAGGGUUUCAUCACCAUUAGAGGGCAUGCAGCUCGCAUUAGUGAGGGAGCUCUGUCCCCUGAUGGUACAGUUUUGGCCACAGCUAGUCAUGAUGGAUAUGUCAAAUUUUGGCAAAUUUACAUUGAAGGACAGGACCAACCCCGAUGCCUGCAUGAAUGGCAGCCGCAUAAUGGACAGCCUCUAUCUUGCCUGCUGUUUUGUGACAACCACAAGAAGCAAGAUCCAGACGUUCCAUUCUGGCGCUUCCUGAUUACUGGAGCUGAUCAGAACCAGGAGCUGAAGAUGUGGUGCACAGUAUCAUGGACCUGCCUACAAACCAUCAGGUUUUCUCCAGAUCCAUUUAACUGCGGUGUGCUACCCAGCCUGAAGGCCAGUUUGGACCUUUCUGCAGAAUUUCUCAUUCUUAGUGAUGUUCAAAGGAAGGUAUUGUAUGUCAUGGAGCUGCUGCAGGAUCAAGAGAAAGGCCGUGCCAGUUUCACUGCAGUCUCAGAGUUUCUGCUCACACACCCUGUGCUCAGCUUUGGUGUUCAGGAUGUUUCUCGCGCUCGCCUGCGCCAUACUGAGGUCCUUCCUCCUGAAGAAGAAAGCGAAAGCAUGACAGCAGAAGGAAACCAGGGAACCUCUGAGUCCAGAUCAGGAAUUCAGAUUAAACUCUACUGUGUGCAUACAAAAUCACUACAGGAUGUGCAGAUCUGGUUUCAGCCCAAUCAGGGGGACUCCUCUUCACUCUUCAUGCCUCAGUCUGGAUCACAGGAUGGGUUCAGUUUUUCUGACCCGCUGGCUGAUCUGAAUGUGGAGGCAAUGAGCUCUGACAAGGAGUCUGGCGAUAGUGGUUCACAAAAUGACCUGAGUAAGAUUCUGCCUCUUCCAAGUCCCGCUGACUUCAUGAGUCCAGCCCCAUCAGCCUUGCCCAAACUCAUGACCCCGGAUGCCUUCAUGACACCCAGCGCCUCUAUGCCCGCUUCUCCUGGCAGCAGUGCUAGCAGUCUGACCAUUGUCACGGCCAUGAGCAGCUCAGACAGCGGUGCAAGAGGUGGAGAUGAUCUGACUCAGAGCCCUAAAAUGUCUGUUGAAUGUGUCAACAGCAGUUUCGCCAAUGCAGGCAGUCCAAGAUCCAACUCCAUCCUCAUCUCAGGCCUUGGGGAAAACAUCCAGGUUUCCCCUCCAAACCCUCCUCUCUCUCUGGAUCUCCAGGCAAUAGAUCCCAUGGUUGUCCCACAGGCGUCUCCAACAAGAGCUCGCUCACCGGAUGUCAUCUCAUCUGCCUCUACUGCAAUGUCCCAGGACAUACCUGAGAUUGCCUCCGAGACGCUGCAGAGGGGACUGUCCGGUGCCAAUGCUGAUUCGGGCCCCAUCCUGCACUCUGACAGCAUGGCAUCAGCCGCAUCAAUUCUCCACCUGCUAUCUCCAAGGGCCCGGAGCAGCGCUGAGCACAGUUUGUUGCCUCUUGAAUUGGGUGCAGCGUCUGUGGAUGGAGAGCAGAGACUCAGUAACACACCAUCCCUGCUGGAGACUGCUCUCUCACAGGAAAACGCCGGAGCAGCCGGAGGAUCCUGUUCUGACAGCAGUGUGAACCACGCAUGGCCUGCUGCUCCUGAUAUCACGCGAGAGACGCGCAACAGCCUGCGAGACAACGGUUUAGGAGACUGCUCUAGGGAGGAAAUAAAAGACAGGCACAUUUCCUCCCCCUACCAUAGACGCACAUAUCACCUGACUCAGAACGACAGUCAAGAUGCAAGUGCAGAGCAGAGUGAUCAUGACGAUGAGGUUGCCAGUCUGGCCUCGUCCUCAGGGAACUGCGGCCCUCGCUCCUCUCACAGACUUCCUGUAAAGGACUGGAAAACAUCACCCCGAAGCUCCCCUAAGCUCAAGCGGAAGAGCAAGAAAGAUGAAGGAGAGUCCUCGCAAUCUAGACAGAUUGAAAGCCAGAUGAGCACAGAGGUGCAGGACGAGCUCCUGCAGAUGCUGCGGAGCCAGCAGAGGGAGAUCGCAGAGCUCCGACAGAAUCAGCUUGAUCUUCUGCAGAGAGUCACUAGCCACAUGGACGCAGUGCAGAGCUCCAUGAUGGCUCACAUCGAGCAUGCCAUGUUAGCUCAGCAAGAACAAGAACAGAGAAGAAUGGAGCGAAUUCUGGUCGAAGGUCAAAGUCGAAACCAACAGCUCCAGGACCAGCUAGUUCAGCAGCUCGUCCAAACUCUGAACAACAGUCUCUGCAACCGGCUUGAGAAAGUUUUGCGUGAAGAAAUGAAGAAAACCGUCCCGCAGACCAUAUCGAAGAGUCUCGAACCUGUGACCGGCCAGAUGAACAGCACCAUUGCUGCCAAGUUAACUGCAGUAGAAGGAGCACUCAAAGAAAACGUCACCAAAGUUGUUAAGUCCAAGAACACUACAGAUGCCAUUGGUCGAGCUGCUGCAGAGGCCAUGCAGGGUCCUAUUCAGGCAGCCUACAAAGAGACCUUCCAGAGCAUUGUCCUGCCUGUGUUUGAGAGAGGCUGUCAGUCCAUGUUUCAGCAGAUCAAUGACAGCUUCAAACAGGGAACCAACGAAUACAUCCAGCAGUUGGAGACGCACAUCAAAAACAGGAAACAAAGAGACCAGGAUACACGGGAUCCUGUCAUUGGCCAGUUACAGCAGAUGAUUGACAGUCUUCAGAGUUCACAAGACCAGCUGGCGUCUACUGUGACGGCCAGCGUUAGCUCUGACGUCCAGCAUCAGCUCCACAUGAUUGUCGGAAAUCUGCAGGACUCAAUCCUGACGCAGGUGCAGCGUAUAGUGAAGGGAGAGGUGAGUUUGGCUAUGAAGGAGCAGCAGGCCGCCGUCACCUCCAGUAUCAUGCAGGCCAUGCGCUCGGCCGCAGGAACACCCGUCCCAUCCGCACAUCUGGACUACCAGGCCCAGCAGGCCAGCAUAUUACAGCUACUACAGCAGGGCCAGCUUAACGAGGCCUUCCAGCAGGCUUUAUCCGCAGCAGACCUGAAUCUGGUCCUGUACGUGUGCGAGACCAUCGACUCCCAACAAGUGUUCGGCCAGCAGCCCUGUCCACUCCACCAGGCCGUCCUUCUGUCCCUCAUCCAGCAGCUCUCCACCAACCUGAGCACGCGCACAGAACUCAAGAUCAGCUAUCUCGAAGAUGCUGUGAUGAACCUUGACCACGGAGAUCCCGUCACCCGAGACCACAUGUCCGCAGUGCUGACCCAGGUACGACAGAAGCUCUUCCUGUUCCUGCAGCAGGACGCCCACAGCCCUAUGAGCAAGCGUGCACGGCGCCUCAUGAUGAUGCUGCAGGGCCUGGUCAACCACUAGAGCUCUUCACAACCUCUCAGUCUCACUGAUGGAUAUCAUGACCUCAUGCCAUCCUGCUCUCCGCUUUGCUUUUUCUGUGCUCUGCAGCUUAUUUGCUCUCCUAAGAAGUUCUGUUGGGAGUCGUAGUCCAGACUUGAACUACAGAUAUAUUGACGUGUUUGGACUACAUCUCGCCAUUCUUCCCUCUUUCCUUUUCUUAGCUUAUGGUUUCAUGUGGAAUAAAUCCUCAGUUUGUAUGCAUCAGCGCACAAAACGAGACAUGGGCUACUUCAGUUAUUUUCAUUAUGCAUCGAAUGCCGGGAGACCAUGAAGACUGUUGUUGGCUUUCAUCCUUGAAACAUCACGAACAAGACUGGAAAGCUUGAAAGAACUAAACACUUGUGAAUGGGAUGGUUUCCUGGCGCUGCUUUAUUCUCUUCUAUUUCUUGUGGUGAAAAGCUGCAGACACCGAGAACUGAUCAUCACCUCAUGAACAUUAGCACUGUUGGUUAUUCAUUAAGGUUGUAUGUAGACCACUAAUCCGUAUUUGACUCCUUUGAUUCACUGAAAACAUUUUGGCCAACCUGCUGCUUUCUCGUGUCAGUGGAACAUCAUUGGAACAGAAGGUUCCAGGAUUUUUUUGUUUCUUUUUUUUUUUUGUGUGAACAUUAUCAGGCUACGAAAAGGUCAAAGUUUGAUUUCUACUCCUACAGUUGAACAUCUGGACUACUGAAAAAAUUCAUGCCUCCUUUUUUUCUUCAAUCAAGAAAGCCCUGUAAAAUAUGUAAGAAGGCUUAUUAUAUUACCCGAGAAUGCUAACAAUAUAGUUAUGUAGAAUUUCUUCAAAAGGAGUUUGGUAACUUGCAGUACACCUGUAAGUCUCUAGAGGGCAGGCAUUUGUGUAUCUUCUUUCUAAUUUUAUAUGCAGCUUCUGUGAUUUUUCAGUUCUUCUGCGAAAUUACACUACAGUGAAUGCAGCUAGGCUUAUCGUAAAAAAGGUUUUUCUGUAAAACUGUUUCUUCUCUGUGGUAACCCUGAAAUAGUUUGGAAAGUGUUGUAGAAAGUGGCUGGAAUGUCUUUUUUCUGCUUCGUUCUGCUCAGUUGAUUGUAUUUGAUUUAGACUGAGAUUGCCAACACUUGUUAUUCAUUAAAGAGGGACUAUUUGGUCAUGCCCUCUGAUAGAGGAAGAACAAAAGUGCCUUAUCAGACUAUAUAUUGCGUAUCAGAUACUGGUAAUCGUGUCCUAAGACACUGCAGUGAUCUACGAAAAUUUUCUUUUUCACUAAAACACAGAAUUGAAAUAAGGAAGGGACAGGUUUGUUACCGAAACAUUUUCUUUAAAAGUGCUGUAUUCUGUGAUCAGAGUUAUUUUUUUCGGCCAUUUAUUCCUUAAAAGUUUCAUGUUAAUGUGAUGAGGAAGUGCCGGCCCCAGUGAUUGUGUUUGUGUUAACACAUUAUUCGUUCCCUUGCCAUCUUUAUUUUUAGAGCUGUGCAUAUUAUAUCCAUUGCCAUUUGCUGCAGUCAGUGUGGCUCAUUAGGACAUUUAUACAGGGUGCGGGCAAUGUGUCCUCUUUUGCUUUAUUCUUGUAUGUUUAAAAAUGCUCUGUUACAGACAUGAGCCUGCUGUGCAGUUGAGGGUAAAUUUGAGGCGCUAAUUAGGAUAUAUUAAACUCAGCAUGCUUGCAUGCUACUGGUGAGAGCCGUGUAUUCAAAUAUGGAGGUACCUGUUUUUAUCAAUUUAACACCCCAUUUUUCUUUAAGCUCUGUAAACCUGGGUUAAUCCUGUUUUCAUUUUUCUUUCUCAAAUAGUAUAGUGUCCAGCCGAGAUGACCCGUGAUCGGAUAGAUUGUCUGAUUCAUUUUUAUGUUUUCAGGUUGAAACGUUUCAGAAAAAAAGCGUCUUGUCAGUUUUAAGGUUUCAUUGCAGUGCAAGAUAAAUUGGUUUCGAUGCUGUUUUAGACACGUCUGAUGAUGUUGGGGUUACUAUACUAAUACGCAAUGCCUUCAGUGUUUGAGGCUUAAAUACGAACCUUUUUUUCCCCCUUCUCUUCAAGAGAUUUACAUUGCAGGUUGUGUAUGAACGUUUAAUUGUUUGUUUGUUUUUUCAUUUGUGUUUUGAUUUUUGUUCCUUGUGUUUGCAAUUCUGUUGUACAUUUUACACUUGUUUCUUUCAUCCUAGACAUUUUGGAAUAAAAAAAGGAAAACAUUGUUCAAUGUUCAGUUAA